GAGAAUGAGAUGACUCAGGAGAAGAAGAAGAAGAAGAAGGUGCAGGAGGAGGGAGAGGAGCAGCAGCAGCAGCAGGAGAGGGAGCCUUCCUCCUCCUCCUCCUCCUCUCUCUCAUUCUCUCUCUCUCUCAUUCUCUCAUUCUCUCUCUCUCUCUCAUUCUCUGGUGCAGGAAGUGGGCCUCCCUGGCAGGGCUGGCGGGCUGCGCGGUGCAGCAUUGCAACAAACCUCGCGAGGAGGAGCCGGGAAAGAAGGGAAGAAGGAAGGGAGGCAGGAAAGGAAGAGGAACAGCAGCAGAAGGAGGAGGAGGAGGAGGAGAAGCAGGAGAGCGUGCUGCCGCUGCUGCUGCUCUUGGAGGGCCGUCAUCUGCUCCAUGGAGGGAGAGGAGGCUCCCACUGCCGCGCCGCCAUCGUGCGAGAGGCCCUUCUCCUUAUGGGAGGAAGGCUCUGGCGAUGAGAACGCGCUGGUGAUCCACAGCCAGGUGGAGGAGGAGGAGCAGCACAAGUGCCUGGUCUGCGGGGAGACCUUCCCGCAGCCGCUGAGCCUCCUGCGGCACCAGAAGCAGCAGCACGCCGGGGAGCGGGCCUUCGUGUGCCCCGAGUGCGGGCGCGGCUUCGGCCUCAAGCACAACCUCAUCAUCCACCAGCGGAUCCACACCGGGGAGAAGCCCUUCGCCUGCGGGAUCUGCGGGAAGCGCUUCAGCCUCAAGCAGAACCUCCUGACCCACCAGAGGGUCCACGGCGGGGGAGUCGAGCGGCCCUUCGCCUGCCCGGCCUGUGGGAAGGGCUUCCGGGAGGAGCGGCUGCUCCUGGCGCACCAGAAAGGGGCCUGUGGCGGACGGGGCGGCAGCCGCAGCCCGGAUGUGCCGGAGAAACCCUCUCGGGGGAGGCCCUGCCCGUCCGGGGAGCGCGGGGAGGCCGUGGGGCAGAGGCCGCUGAGGAUCAAGCACCAGGAGAAGUCCCACCAGAACGGCGGGGCGGCCGCCUUCACCUGCCACGAGUGCGGGGAGGGCUUCAGCGGCAGGAGCAGCCUGGUCAGCCACCAGCGGGCCCACCGGGCGAAGAAGCCGCUCCCCAGCGAGGAGGGCAAGCGGUGCUUCGGCCCGAAGGAGACCCCGAGGAGCCCCAGCCGGAGACUCCGAGCGGGAGACGCCCCCUUCCAGUGCCUCACCUGCGGGAAGAGCUUUUCCCAGAAGGGCAACCUGGCCGCGCACCGGAGGAGCCACCUGGGGCAGGAGAUGCUGGGCUGAGGCCCACGGAAGCCUUUCAGGGAUCGGGGUGAGCGGAGAAGAGAGGCGCCGGUCGAGGGGGGAGUGCCAGCCGGACCGGCCUGGUGUGAUACUGCGGGGAAAGGGAAUGCUGGGAGCUCACUGGCCUCGCUGGGAGCAGGAGGGACUCCGGGGAUCUGGACCCCGAAGCACCCCAGAAACCCUCGUUGCAAACUCCAGGGUUGCUUCCAAAGUCAAACCUGUUUCUCAUGGAUCGACCCUCCACCUCCCAUUUCAGGCUGUGGCGAGAGGAGGCGUUACUUGCUUCAUAUAUGAAUUUUAUCCUUCCUUGUGUCACCUCUUGUCCAUUUGUUCAGCCAGGAAAAUGGCAUUUCAAUACCCCUAUUUUUGUUCAUUUCCAAAACAGCAGUGUCUUCUGACAUUUCCCAUCGUUGGUGUUUUUUUAUUUACGGAGUUGCAAACAUGGGUUUUUCUGAACCUUGUUACAAUGACUGGUUUUGCUUUCCUCCCCAAUUUGGCUCCUUGUUCCCCAAUGAUCUUGGUCUUGCGACAGAUUUCUUUGCAGGGCGGGGCGACGGGGCCAGGAUUGUGCCAAAGAAACCCAGUGUUCCUGCAGGGCUCAGGUGUAUCAUUGGAUCAGAUAACGAAAAAAGAGGGCCUUCUCAACCAUGCGGCAGAUGCUUCGGUGGAAACCAUGCCUUCUUCUGACCUCUCCGGUGCCCCAGUUCCUUAUGGAUUUGAAUCCACAAAUGUCUAUAUGUGCAGAAGGGGCUCCUUGCUUCGGUUCUGACCACAUUUAAUGGCUUCUUUUUUCCAUAUAUUUUGGGAGAAAGAUGGAGGAUUCCUGUGAUGAACCAAGAAACAUCUAUAGAAAAAGGCCAAUGCAUUCAUUGAUGGUGGGCAGAGGGAUUCCCCAAAGACCCCCACCUCCUCCUUUGGGGUGAGCCCGAAAUAAAGGGAAACGGAGGGUGGAAACCCAUCUGGGGGGGACGGGGGACGGGACAGAUAGCAAAAUUGAUGGGCUGAAUCCUGUUCUUAGUCCUGACUGUAGUGUGAAUCUAUGUACUGAUCCACCAUUCAGAAUUCAAUUUUAAUGGUCUACUUUAAGGACUAACCAAUAGGAUUGAGGCCACUGAUAUCAGGCACCUUAAAUUUGGGGAAUGAAUGGGAAAGGCUUUGAAUUGCCUACAAAACAUCAAAGGGAACCACUUCUUUCUUUUUUAUAUCAAGGGCCAAAUUGCACAUUUUGGUUUGGGUAGGAGUUUCUUCUGGGGCCAAAUCUUUACAAAGAGGGCCAUGCCAAAUUCAAGGGGCUUCCUGGAUUUCCCCAUUGCAGCCUCUUUGUGCCAAUUUUGUGGAGCUUUCCAUCUGCUUCCUCCCUUUUUCUCUCGGCUUUGCUGGUGGCUCUGUAGGCAUGUCAUUGCGUUGUGUUUCCUUGGUUAACAACCAUUCUGCUUGUUGAUUCUUAUUGAGCUGUGGUUCCCACCCAACCUUUGGGCCUCCCUCCAGGUGUUUUGGACUUCAGCUCCCAGAAAUCCCAGCCAGCUUACUAGCUGUUACGAAGUGUGGGAGAUGAAGUUCAAACACCUGGAGGCCCAAAGGUUGGGAACCACUGGUAUUGAGCUUGUUAGAAGGCAUGUUGGGGCUGCGCACAGUGCGCUUGCCGAUUUGCCUCAAAACAGAGCCCUGCAGCCAAAGAAAGCUGUUUCCAGAACCCGCUUCCCCGGCUUGUCUGGUUGUGACGCAGAGCCGCAGACUGCUGUGUAAAUGCACGGUUAGGCAAGGAAGGAGCCAGAGCUUAGCUAAGUUCCCUUUGGAUGACGAAACCCAGAAUCCCAUGUUUCAUAAAGUCCAGAAAGUAACUUUACUAACUUCCUUUAACUCAUUUCUUUGGGUUCUUACGGAUCCAGCGCCACAUGAAUGGAGUCAUGCUCUGUGGUGUAGGACUACAAUUCCCAGUAUCCUUCGAUUUGUUUUCAAAGGGAAGGAGCUACUAAUUGGAUGAGCUUUUAUCAGCCCUGUGUUGUCGAAGGCUUUCAUGGCCAGAAUUACAGGGUUGUUGUGUGUUUUCCAGGCUGUAUGGCCAGAAUGCUUCUGGAACAUGCCCAUAGAGCCCGGGAAACACUCAACAACAAUUUAUCAGCCCUGAUUUUCCUGUGUGAAAUCCAGGUUGGAUUUCAUACUUCAAUAGAGUGCUCCAAGGUCCUGGACAUGCGCCAGGUUUGUCGAUUAGGAUAGCUCCUUUGGAGUCUGGAUCAAAACCCAGAAUGGGUCACCGUCCCCUGGCAUCAGAGCAAGGAGUCCCUCUCCUUGAAACCCAAAACCAAUUGGUAUCAGAAAGUAACUUUCCUAAUUUUCUUCAGGUCUUACAAAUCCAGUGCCGUAUGAAUAGCGUCAUACUCUGUGGAGCCCAGGGUAGGACUACAAUUCCCAGCAUCCUGGACCAGCUUAAUCAGCCCUGAUUUUCCUGUGUCAGAUCCACUCCAGGUUGGAUUUUAUACGUCAACAGAGUGCUCCAAAGACCUGGACAUACGUCAAAUUUGAUUAUUAGGAUAGCUCCUCUGGAGUCUGGAUUAAAACCCAGAGUGGGUCACCAUCCUCUGGUAUCAGACAAGGAGUCCUUCUCCUUGAAACCCAAAACCCAUUGGUAUCAGAAAGUCCAGAAAGUAACUUUCCUAAUUUUCUUCAGGUCUUACAAAUCCAGUGCCCCAUGAGUAGCGUCAUACUCUGUGGAGCCCAGGGUAGGACUACAAUUUCCAGCAUCCUUCAGUUUGUUUUCAAAGGGAAGGAGCUACUAAUUGGACCAGCUUAAUCAGCCCUGAUUUUCCUGUGUCAGAUCCACUUCAGGUUGGAUUUUAUACGUCAACAGAAUGGUCCAAGGUCCUGGACAUGCGUCAGGUUUGUCAAUUAGGAUAGCUCCUUUGGAGUCUGGAUCAAAACCCAGAAUGGGUCACCAUCCCCUAGCAUCAGAGCAAGGAGUCCCUCUCCUUGAAACCCAAAAUCCAUUGGUAUCAGAAAGUCCAGAAAGUAGCUUUCCUAAUUUCCUUUGGGUCUUACAAAUCCGGCGCCCCAUGAAUGGAGUCAUACUCUGUGGAGCCCGGGAUAGGACUACAAUUCCCAGCAUCCUUCAGUUUGUUUUCAAAGGGAAGGAACUACUAAUUGGACCAGCUUAAUCAGCCCUGAUUUUCCUGUGUCAGAUCCACUCCAGGUUGGAUUUUAUACGUCAACAGAGUGCUCCAAAGACCUGGACAUACAUCAAAUUUGAUUAUUAGGAUAGCUCCUCUGGAGUUUGGAUUAAAACCCGGAACGGAUCGCUUGGAGGCAGUGGGUCCCUCUUCCAUGAGUCUGCAGGCUUAUCGAGGAGGGGUCUUUCUUGUAAGACUCACACUUGCAAGCAAGUGAGCUAGCAGAAGCCAAAGGGAGAUGUUGUCCCUCUUCUACAAUCUUGCUGCCGCUGACAUGGAAUCCCUAUUUGCACAUAUUCGCCAGGCAAGGGGUCUCUUCCAGGUUGCCAAAAGUCUUAGGAGUUCCUUAGAGGAGGGAGCGAUGGGUUAUAUCCUGUGUGGGGAUCAUGGGCCCGGUCCUACAUGCCUGCAGCACCAAGAGAUGGAUUAUAUGUGCUUUCUGUUGCUGUUACAUUGACACUAGAACACAUGGGUCAACUUCAGCUUCUCUCCAGGCAUGGUCAAACUUGGGUCCUCCAGAUGUUUUGGACUUCAACUCCCACCAUUCCUAACAGCCUCAGGCCCUUUCCUUUUACCCCCCAGCCGCUUAAGCGGCUGGGGGGUAAAAGGAAGGGGCCUGAGGCUGUUAGGAAUGGUGGGAGUUGAAGUCCAAAACAUCUAGAGGGAAGGUCCAAGUUGACCCGUGCCUGCUGUAGAAUGAAUGCUCCACCAUCCCACAGUGUUAGAGCCAUUGGAGUUGAAAUUGGGAGUCAAACUGCAUUCAUUCUGCAUCUGAAUUGGUCUGGCACAUGGGGAUCUUCACAAAGCCAGGAGGGGAAGGCAAACAAUGCGUUGGGUGGUCUUCUACCUGACCGCACCAGACAGAAGGAAGACGGAAGGGAUGGAGCAGUCCCCUUGUGAUGUCUUCUCCUCCACAACGGAGACCCAACAAAGCAGUCCCGCUUCAUGAACCCAUUGUUGAACGUGGAGGAAUGUGAGCCUCGGUGCUUGGGAGAAAGGUGGCCUUUAAGGGAUUUUUGGGGUGGGGGGUGAUAGUGGGAAAAGGGACCCUCAGGUUCGUAUUGUUCCCCAUUUUCCUUAUGUGGUAGGGGGUCCGGCGCAGCAUCCAUGGAUGGGAUUUUUAGGGGAUCGUGAUCUCCUAGGCAUAUAUCUAUCCCCCUUCUCUUGCUCUCACAGGGUUGGAAUGGCAGCCACAUUGAGGGCGGUUUGUGCCCGUCGUGGACCAUAUUGCACCUUAUUCCCUUUUGCUUGGACCUCUUUCUUUGUUCAAUAAAAUGUCCGUUCGCCUUUA